AUGGAUCUCACACUAGAACUGAGGCCUUUACAAUAUACAACGUUCUUUUAUGAUGAAUUGCUAUCAGCCAUAACUGCUUUAAUAGGUUUGCAUAAGCCAAUUCCUAGCAGUUUUGGAAAGAAAUAAAAUGAUGACGUAAUCGAAAUUGGGACUCUAAUGGGUGUUCCAUAUGUAGUAGGUAGGACUCAUCCUGAUGAAGCUGAAAUUAGAGCCUCUCUCCCUUUAUGAAGUAAGCCUUAAUGCUUGGGGAUGCCAUUUGGUUAAACAUAGAUCCCACCCCAAUUAUCUAAUUAGACAUAUAUAGUACCCCCCCCCUCGUUUGUCGCAUUUUCUAGUUUUUUUUUAGGGAAAAAAAAUUUACAGGACCUCGCUUGUCGCAUUUUCUAGUGCAAAUACAUUUGUCGCAAUUUCUAGUUUUUUUAAUUUUUUUUUGAUGUCGCAAAUCUUAGUUUUUUUAAAAAAUAGUUUCUGAUUAAUUUAAUGAGUAAUUAUAGAGGAGUUUACCUUACAUUUGCCUGCAGAGGGGUUAGCAGGCCCGAGUCCUUCCCAGUCCUUCCCAGUCCUUCCCAGUCUUCCCAGUCCUUCCCAGUCCUUCCCAGUCCUUCCCAGUCCUUCCCAGUCCUUCCCAGUCCUUCCCAGUCCUUCCCAGUCCUUCCCAGUCCUUCCCAGUCCUUCCCAGUCCUUCCCAGUCCUUCCCAGUCCUUCCCAGUCCUUCCCAGUCCUUCCCAGUCCUUCCCAGUCCUUCCCAGUCCUUCCCAGUCCUUCCCAGUCCUUCCCAGUCCUUCCCAGUCCUUCCCAGUCCUUCCCAGUCCUUCCCAGUCUUCCCAGUCCUUCCCAGUCCUUCCCCAGUCCUUCCCAGUCCUUCCAGUCCUUCCAGUCCUUCCCAGUCCUUCCCAGUCCUUCCCAGUCCUUCCCAGUCCUUCCCAGUCCUUCCCAGUCCUUCCCAGUCCUUCCCAGUCCUUCCCAGUCCUUCCCAGUCCUUCCCAGUCCUUCCCAGUCCUUCCCCACUUUACUCUCUCCCCUUUUUAGAGAAUAGAUUAAAUUAGCUAGGUUAUUAACUCCAUUCUCCUUGCACUUCAAUGACCUGCCUUGCUCUUUCAUUUUUCACCUUAAGAAUGGAAUUUUGCACUUCCUCAAAAGAAAUUUCGUCCCAUGACUCCUGAAUGGCAGCAAUUAGUCUGGCUUUGCUGUCAGGCCUUCUUUUCUCCACUUUCCUCUUCAAAUUGGCCCAGAUCAUCUCAAUUGGAUUGAGAUCUGGGCUCUUCGGCGAUUGAGUCUUCACAUCAAUCCCGUUUUCUCUGCAAUAUUCCAUAGUCUGCCUUGCAGUAUGGGCUGUUGCCCCAUCCUGAACGAAGGUGUAGUCUCCAUCUAAAGGCUCAAUAUAGCCCUGGAGAAUGUCUCUGAUAUAGACCUGGGCAUUGAUUGCAUACUUCUCCUUCUUUAUGAAGAGCAUUUUGCCAAAAAAACGAUAGAAAUUCCUCCCCAGAUCAUAAUUGAGGUUCUCAAUCGUUGCGUUUAUCCCUUCUUUGCACAAAUUAGAGUUACGAAAGAGAUGCACAUAGCACUCAUCACUGAAGAUCCAUGAAGCGAUAUCUGAGUCAAUCAAAGACCUAGCCCAGGACAUUCUCUGCUCUUUAUGAGCUUCAGUUAGCUGUAGAACAACCCUCUUCUUCCUAUAGACAUAUCCCCUCUUCUUCAGCUCUUUUCCUAGCUGUUCUUCGCUGAUGUCAACUGUCUUUCUUUUGAAUUGGGCCCUCAAACUUGCCUUGCUGACAAACCCUGUAUCCUUCUCACAUUCCUUAAUGACCUCAGCAAAGUCUUCAUCACUUCAAUGCUUUAGGGGAGAUCUGGAUAGUGCCUUUUCUCUUCCAGCCGCUUCGUCAGAUUCACUCUCAGUAUUCUCUGCAGCAAUUCGCUCAAUAGUCCGUUUAGAAGUCCCCAAGAUUGUCGCAAGUUCUUCGUUUUUAAAGAAACCUACGUCAAUGAUCCUCUUGACUAUGCUCUCUCCAUCAUUCCACUUGAUUUUCUUAGGAGGAGGCGAUAGUCCAUGGUCCCAAAGCUUCCGCCUGAGCUCUAAAGUGUGCUCUUCAGGAUUGAACUUGUUGGUGUAGUGCCUGAUCGUCAUCAGGCUCAUGUCCUUGCCACAAGCAGCAAGACGCUCUUGGAUCUGCUUUGCAUUGAGCCUCUCUCCAUAGGCCAUGCUUUGAAUCAUUGCCGGGAUUUUUAUCGGCUGGUCCUCAAUUUCGCGCAACUCCAUUAAUUAAUAUGGAAGACUAGAAAUUAAGCUAUCAAAUAAGGAAAUAGGCAUGAAGAUAGGGGAAUAAGAAUGGUGAAUGGCAAGUGGUGAGGCUUAAGCAAUGGGAGCAGGUAAUGGGAAGCAAGCUGUGGGGAUUGAGGAAUGGGAGCAAGGAUUUUGAAGGAAGAAAUGAUAAAAUUUCACUAACUGAUCCCUUGACGAAUUUUAAUUUUUAGGAAUUUAUAGAGAGAAAAAAAAAAACUAGAAAAUGCGACAAGCGAGGUCCUGAACCGAUUUUUUUUUGGCUUAAAAAAAAACUAGAAAAUGCGACAAAUGAGGUCCUGAAAAUUUUUUUUUCUCUUAUAAAAAAAAAACUAGAAAAUGCGACAAAUGGCAAAAACAUAUAAGCUGGAUCCUAUGGUAUGAAGGAUUAAAAAGUGACAUAUCAAAAAUUGUUGGGGUGGAUCCAUGAUACUAUGGGAGUAGGGAUGGGGUUGAAUCUGUGCUUGGCUAGAUGCCUUGCCGAAGAGAUAUUUAUUCUCUUCCGAAGGUUUUCCUAUCCUGCCAGAUGGGCUAGACAGGUUUGCCUACCACAUGAUCUUCCAUUGGGUCACUGAUUAUUAAGUAGCAGUUUUGCCGAUAAUGACGAGAAUUGCGAAGUUAAAGAACUAUUAGCUCUGGCUGAUGUCCUUAUGUAUCAAAUUUCUUACCAAGAAAGAUGAUUGUUUAUUUCGUUAAUCUAUUGUGAGAGAUUAACAGAAAAACCUGCUCGUAUGCAGAAGCCAGCAGAGAUGAAGCAAUUUUUUAUCAUCUAUCAAGCAUAG